AUGACCGGAAACCUGCCCCUGCCCCUGCUUUUCUUCUUCUUCUUCUUCUCCUUCCUCACUUUCCGGUCAGUUCUUUCUCAGCCGGCCCAGCUCUUCUUCGAAGGGUUCGACUCAGCAACCAGCAACCUGACCUUGACCGGAGUUGCAGAGAUCGAAAACAACGGCUUGCUUCGCUUGACAAACGACACUCUCCGCUUAAUCGGCCAUGCUUUUUACUCUCCACCAGUGCAGCUCAAGGAAAACCCACAUGGUAAAGCUUUCUCCUUUUCCACCGCCUUCGUUUUCGCCAUAGUUCCAGAGUACCCAAAACUCGGUGGCCAUGGCUUAGCCUUCACUCUCUCCAGCUCAAAGCAACUCCCCAAUGCUCUCCCCAGCCAGUAUCUCGGCCUCUUCAAUUCAACCGAUGUGGGUAAUUUCUCCAACCACAUUCUCGCCGUCGAAUUCGACACCGUCCAAGAUUUCGAGUUUGGGGAUAUAAAUGAUAACCAUGUGGGGAUCGAUAUUGACGGAUUGCAAUCGAACAAAUCAGUUCCAGCUGGGUAUUUUCUUGCUAAUUCCACCAAGGUAGAUUUGAACCUCAAAAGUGGUAAACCGAUUCAAGCUUGGGUGGAUUACGAUUCAAGCCAGAAUCUCUUGGAAGUUAGGUUAGCUCCUUCUUCGAAUAAACCCAAAUCCCCUAUUUUAUCCUUUGAUGUGGAUCUCUCCCGCUUUCUUUUGGACUACAUGUUUGUGGGUUUCUCUUCCUCAACUGGGUUGCUAGCCAGCACUCACUAUGUUCUUGGGUGGAGCUUUUGCGUUAAUGGAGAAGCUAAAAGUUUGUCCCUUUCCAAUCUCCCUUCACUCCCCGGUUCUGGGAGCAGCAACAAAGGGUUAAUCCUGGGGGUAUCAAUCUCUGUCACUUGUGUGAUUGUACUAGCCAUUGCUGCAUCCUUUCACCUCAUUAGAAAGAUGAGAAAUGCGGAUGUAAUUGAAGAUUGGGAGCUUGAUGUUGGGCCUCACAGGUUCCCUUACAAAGAGCUGAAGAGGGCAACCAAAGGGUUCAGAGACAAGGAGUUGCUUGGAUUCGGUGGAUUUGGGAAAGUUUACAAAGGCACUUUACGAACUUCGGCUACCCAAGUCGCGGUCAAGAGAAUAUCCCAUGAAUCCAAGCAAGGUCUAAGGGAAUUUGCCUCCGAGAUUUCCACCAUUGGUCGACUUCGGCAUAGGAAUUUGGUACAGUUGUUUGGAUGGUGUCGAAGGAGGCAGGAUUUGCUUCUGGUAUACGAUUUCAUGGAGAAUGGCAGCUUGGACAAGUACUUGUUCGACGAGCCUCAAGCGAUACUCAGCUGGGAACAGAGAUUCAAAAUCGUCAAAGGCAUAGCAUCAGGGCUUCUGUAUCUGCACGAAGAAUGGGAGCAGACUGUGAUCCACAGAGAUAUUAAAGCAGGAAAUGUGUUGUUAGAUUCUGAGCUUAAUGGAAGGCUUGGCGAUUUCGGUCUGGCCAAGUUGUAUGAACAUGGGUCUAACCCUGGCACAACAAGGGUAGUGGGCACAUUGGGCUACUUAGCACCUGAGCUAACUAGAACCGGAAAGCCAACCACUAGCUCCGAUGUGUUUGCAUUUGGCGCGCUUCUACUCGAAGUGGCUUGUGGAAGAAGGCCGAUCGAGGCCAAGGCAUUACCGGAAGAGCUCAUUCUGGUGGACUGGGUGUGGGACAAAUGGAAGUGUGGUGCUGUGCUUGAUGUGGUUGAUCCAAAGCUGAAUGGAGACUUCGACGAGCUGGAAGCUGUCGUGGUGGUGAAGUUAGGGCUGAUGUGUUCAAACAAUGUGCCCGAGGCAAGGCCAACGAUGAGGCAGGUGGUUAGGUACUUGGAAGGCGAGGUGGGAUUGCCUGAAGUGGUUGAUGAAUACGAUGGGAAGAAAGGAAAUGGUGAGAAUGGCGACAGUGGUUGUGAAGGUGAGGUGAGGUUGAAGUUUGGGGCACAUUCUUAUCCGUCGUACUUCACGAAGGUGAGUACUUGGUCGUCGGCUGGAGAUUUCGGGGAUGCUGAUGUCGAAGGUUGUUCCGAUUCAUCGCUUUCGCUUGCUGCCAGUGGAAAUGAGUGUAGAUAG